AGCUCUGGACAAAAAUGGCCGCAGUCGUCAUGUGGAUACCCGAUUCUGUCCGGGAGAUCUUGCAGAUCUAUGGGCUGACUCUGCAGUCUUUUCUCGUCGUCUGCACUGCUGUUAUUCUGGUGUGUUUUCUCUUGAAGCGCGGCAGAAACCUGCCUCCCUACCCGGCAGGACGCGUGCCUGUUCUCGGGCACCUCCUCGCCUUGGGCCGAGCGCCUCACCUCAAGCUGACGGCGUGGGGGCAGCAGUACGGGGACGUCUUCACCGUCAGGAUGGGGAUGGAAGAUGUGGUGGUUCUGAACGGCUACACUGCCGUCAAGGACGCGCUCGUGGAUAGGUCUGAGCUGUUCGCCUCCAGGCCGCCAAAUUGCUUGUUUGAUGCUGUAACGGGUUUCGGAAAAGACCUGGCCUCCGUACCCUGGGGUACCGCCAUUAAGCAGAGACGUCGGUUCACCAUCAGCGCAUUAAAGGUGCUCGGCAUGAAGGUGGGAACUGGCAGCAUCGAGGAGAAAAUCCGAGAGGAGGCAAGCUGUCUUCGCAACAGGGUGGCGGAAUAUGACAGGAAGCCCUUUGACGUUGCAUACGAUCUGAACGUGGCUGUCGCAAACGUGGUCUGCUCCAUGGUGAUCGGGAGGCGCUAUGACUACAGGGACGAGACGUUCCGGGGACUGUCCGAUGCGGUCGUCACGGUGGCCGUCAAACUUGCCGCCGGCCAGAUCAUCAGUUUCUUCCCCUGGCUACGGUUCGUUCCCGGAGUGAACAGAGCCAGAGUCGAGCUGCUCGAACAGAACGCGAAGCUUCAGAAGAUGUUGGGAGAAGAGCUGGCUAAACAUCGCGAGAACCUAGAUCGCGAGAACCCGCGAGACUUCCUUGACUUCGGUCUGCUGGAGCUCGAGAAGCAUGAGAAGGUGGAGGGUCUGACGGGGGAUAUCGUGAUGCACAUGGCUCAGAAUCUCUUCCUAGCGGGCACGGAAACCGCCUCCAACACCCUCCGGUGGAGCCUACUCUACAUGGUUCUGCACCCAACCGUCCAAAGGAAGGUGCAGCAGGAGCUUGAUGCCGUUGUUGGUGAGGGUCUGCCCACCCUGUCCCACCGUUCCCAGCUGCCCUACGUGAACGCCUGUCUGCUGGAGGUCAUGAGGAUCCGACCGCUUCUGCCCGUCGCCCUUCCACACGCCACCACACAGGACGUUAAAGUGUGUGGUUAUGACAUUCCCAAAGACACGCAGGUGCUUGUGAACCUGCACUCCAUCCAUAAAGACCCCGCCUACUGGCCUGAUCCGGACCGGUUUGACCCCGGAAGGUUUCUGGACGCGGAAGGGAACGUCAUCAACAAGCCUGAGUCUUUCCUGCCUUUUUCAGCUGGGCGACGCGUGUGUCCCGGAGAGCAACUGGCCGGCAUGGAACUUUUCCUGUUCUUCUCGACCCUGCUGCAGUCCUUCACCUUUUCGCCGCCAGAGGGCGCUCCUGCUCCACACUCUGACGGCGUUUUUGGCCUGACGUUGACCUCACCUCCGUUUGAGCUAUGUGCGAUUCCGCGAUAG